UACAGCAUUUGCCUGCUGCACAAGCUAUCACCAACAUUCCGGUUCUCUGCAGCUACGCAAUCACAAAAAUUUGUGCGAAACUCACUGCAUUAUUCAAAAAUGUCUAGCGAACGCAAGAGUGUGUAUAUUACACGUCCCGAUGUUGCACCAGUGGGCAUUGAAUUGCUAAAGGCAGAGUGCAAUGUUAGCAGCUGGUCGCAACCGUUGCCAGUACCGCGUGAAGAACUGCUACGCCAAGUUGUUGGCAAAGACGCUAUCUACUGUGCACUAACCGACAAAAUAGACGCAGAGGUCAUUGAAAGCGCCGGUCCACAGUUGAAGUGUAUCGCCACCAUAUCGGUCGGCUAUGAGCACAUCGAUCUGACUGAAUGCAAGAAGCGCGGCAUACGCAUUGGCUAUACACCGGAUGUGCUCACCGACGCUACAGCUGAGUUAACUGUGGCGCUGUUGCUUGCUACCAGCCGGCGCUUAUUCGAAGCUGGUAAAGAAGUGUACAAUGGCGGUUGGAAAUCAUGGGCGCCUAAUUGGAUGUGCGGUCAAGGUCUUAAAGGCGCUCGCGUAGGUCUUUAUGGGUUCGGACGGAUCGGACAGGAAAUCGCAGCGCGUUUAGUGCCAUUUAAGCCUUGCUUACUAACAUACACUACGCGCACUGAGCGCGCGGCUGAAGCGGCCAAAGUGAAUGCACAACGUGUAAGCUUCGAUGAAAUGUUAAGUGAAUCAGAUUUUAUCGUAGUCUGUUGUGCGCUCACUCCUGAGACGAAGGAAAUUUUCAACGCCGCUGCGUUCGAGAAAAUGAAACCGAGCGCAAUUUUCAUUAACACCGCGCGCGGUGGCGUAGUAGAUCAGCCUGCACUAUGCGCCGCACUAAAAGAACGCUGUAUACUAGCCGCAGGUUUAGAUGUGACCACACCGGAACCGCUUCCGCUCGAUGAUCCAAUACUGAAAUUAGAUAACGUUGUUAUAUUGCCACACAUUGGUAGCGCGGAUGUGAACACGCGCACGGAAAUGUCGCGCAUAACGGCUCUAAAUAUUUUGGCCGGGCUGAAAGGAGAAAAAAUGGUGGCUGAAGUGGCGGUUUGAAAAAUAACACUUUUAUUAAUGCGCUACGUCAAGAAUUAUAACAACUAAACCACCAAGCUGGUAGCGAUUGUAAAUUAAUGGGUCGAUUACGGAUGGCAACAGGCAGCUGAUUUCUUAAUAUUGCCAACUGCAUUUUUGUAGUAGCCGCGGAAAUUUUGAUUGAGAUAAUUAUAUUAUUUUUUAACCGUUUCAGCAGAAUUUUUUUAACUGGUUGCCUGUUCUUCAAAACUCUAUUAUCUUCCACUUUAUAGCAAUUCACUAUGAUAUACAUUUUAAUUUGACUGGCGCUGCCCAUGGGCAAUCCAACUAAGUUUGCGUUGCUAUCCAUAAUCGGCCGGUA